CUGCAAAAGCAAUUCGCUACAUGAAGUUGUCGGAGCGCUUCAGCUCAUGAGUCGCACAUUUCAAAAAGUUAAAUGAGUGCAACUGCUUCAUCAGCUACAGCUAUGGAGGACGAAUGGGAGGAAGAGGAGCAGCUGGUUGUGGCGGAACUGUCUGGGAUGAUCAGCUCGGAUUUAAUCUCCAGUCGGCAGGGCGCGUGUAAGAUCGUGGACAUUGACAGCGAGCAGCCCAUGAUGCAGGUGGGCCGCUAUCUGUUCGCCGGGGAAUACGAGGAUGCCAUCGGAACCUGUGUGAUUUUUGAAGAGGACGGCGCAGGUUCUAGUUCAGCUCUUAAAUACAAAUGUCACACAAUGAAGAAGCUAAUGCUUCAGCGGACGUUCCUGUCGGAGAGGAAGGAGGACGAGCCCGUCUCUAACCGAAUAGAGGUGCUGACUCUCCACGAGGAAGAGUCGUUCGGCAGGAAGAGCGCAGUUUGUCACUACCUGGAUCCCAUACACACCGAGAAAUCUGUGCUAGACGAAUCUAAAGAUUGCGAGGAUCCCGAAAUGAGCGACGAAUCAGCGGAUGAAAUGGAUGAGACUGAGACUGACGCGGGAGCCACGCUUCUGGAGACCUCCGCUGAGGAGACGAUCAACGCCAGCAGCUGCUCUCAACUCCCCAACACACAAGCAGGGGACGAUGGCUCUUAAAAGACUGUUUGAUUUCUGAUCAUGUACAUACUACAUCAUGUAAAUAUAAGCUUUCUGAUUAAUUAAAGUGGUUUUGUAUUUUGUUACAUAAAAGUUGUUCAAUGUAUGUGUCCGUCUCAUUUGCGUAUAUUUUUUUAAUUAAAGCAUC